CGUGAAGUUUAAAAUAGUCCCGAGGCGGACCCUAAGCUCGGAUGCACCGAUAUAACUCCACGCACAAGGUGAAGCAAGCGCGAAAGGGCAAAUCGGAGCAAUAUAAAACGAGGCACAUCUUCGCCAACUGUAUUCUGCAAACAACUGAACGAAGAGUGCCUGCCUUGUACAAAAUAAACAGAAUCACAUUAGCACAACAUGUCUUCUAUAACGUUAACAUUGCUAUCAGCGUUAAUAGCGCUGGCAUCAUGUGGUCGCUUGGAACCGCAGUACCUACCUCCGAGGCUGGGAGGAGGUAACGGAGGACUGGGAGGAGCAGGUGGAGCUGGAGGAGGAGGAGGAGGAGGAAAUGCAGGACUUGGGGGAGGAUCUUUUGGCGGCGGAAGCAGCAGUUUUGGAGGCGGUGGUUCUUCAGGAGCAAACAUUCCUAUCCUUCGUUAUGAAAAUGAAAACAACGGCGACGGGACCUAUAAAUUCAGCUACGAAACCGGCAACGGCAUCUCAGCCCAAGAAAGCGGCGCUCCUCGUGCACCUGGCCCAGAAGGCCCCGCCGUCACCGCAGAAGGAGCCUUCUCCUACCGUUCUCCCGACGGCCAGCAAAUCUCCCUGACUUACACCGCCGAUGAGAACGGCUUCCACCCAGUUGGCGCGCAUCUACCAACUCCUCCUCCCAUUCCUGAUGCCAUUCUGCAAUCACUUGAGUUCAACAGACGCAACCCAUCUUCUGGAGAGGGAUCAUAUAACGAGGGAGCGUUCGGAGGAUCAGGCGGCGGCGGCGGCAGCGGUGGCGGCAGCGGCGGCGGCAGCGGCGGCGGCAGUGGCGGUGGAAGAUUCGGCGGCGGAGGCUCUGGUGGCAGCGGAGGCGCAGGCGGUUAUCACUAUUGAUCUCAAUCAACCACGAUUUAACUAAGAUCCGCUGCUGAACCGUUGUUGAAAUGUGGGUUGUUUUAAUUUUAAGGUUAUAUUAUACAACCGCAAAUACUUCAUGCACUUUAUCAUCACCUAGAAAUCUAUUGACUUUAAUGGCUACGCAAGUAUUCUGAAGGAUUUCAUUUUAUUCAACUUUAUCUUGAGAUAAUAUGGAUGAGUCUUGAUUAUUAAGUCGGUGAGAAAACCUUUUACACAUCCAAACUCCCAAAUCCUUUAUCGUAGGUUCUUACUACGGACUGCUGAGUGCUGAGCAUUAGCAAAUUUCCACACUCCAGUUUUGUAUCCAGUGGCUCCCUGCGACUCCUUUGAUAUCCUCUGAACUCAAAACCCUCUUAUCCCUCCCGAAUGCAUACAUGUACCCAUCUGUAAGUCCUCCUUGACAUCUCCGAUCUACCAGAUUUAUAUACCUUUUUCUGUUUCACAUUUUUUGUUAUUUUUAAUGUUUUUUUUUUUAUAACGGCUCUUUGGUUAUGAUAUCCAUUAAUCGUUAUUUAAACUUAAGCUACUUAUGGGUUGUCGAUAUAGAACAAUUUUAACACGUUUCAGUUUCUUUUUCUUAGUAAUUAACUAAUGAUAUAGAUGUAAUGAAGGCUUUAUUAUACUCUGUAAUUUUGCAUAGCUGUUAACUAGACAAUGUUAUAAUUACUGAUUCAUUUUAUCAUUGCAUAGAUUUAUUUUUUUAAUUUAAGAUUAUUUAUGAGGUCAACGACCUCAUAUUUACAAGGACUGUGAUACCACGAAACAGGCAAGCACUCGAUGUAUAUUUAUUUAAGCAUAUGCUAAACCUAUGUAAAUAGGCAUGUGAAUAAAUGUGAAUGAUUAAAAAA